AUGAAGCUCGACACCCGGGCAAUCCGCUACCUCACCGCCGAGGACUGGCGUGUCCUCGUCGCAGUGGAGAUGGGUAGUAAAAACCACGAAGUUGUCCCCACGCCCCUGAUUGCGCAAAUAUCCGGUCUCCGCGGCGGCAGCGGUGUUCACAAAUCCAUAUCGAACCUCGCAAAAAUAAACCUGAUCGGCAAAGUGAAGAAUGCGAAGUAUGACGGCUACAGACUCACAUAUGGCGGCCUUGACUAUCUGGCGCUGAACACGCACCGUAAAUCUUCGGCUAUCUACUCGGUUGGGAACCAAAUAGGAGUUGGCAAGGAGUCAGAUAUCUAUGUCGUUGCAUCCAACAGCGGCGUCCAACGAGUCCUCAAAAUCCACAGGCUUGGCCGUAUCUCCUUCAGGACCGUCAAGGCAAACCGCGAUUACCUGCGUAACCGAUCUAGCGGUUCGUGGAUGUACAUGAGCCGUUUGGCAGCCCUGAAGGAAUACGCAUUCAUGAAGGCGCUCAAGGACAACAACUUUCCGGUCCCGGAGCCCGUCGCGCAAAGCAGGCAUACGGUUGUCAUGAGCCUGAUUGACGCUUUUCCACUACGCCAAAUUUCAGAGGUGCCGGAUCCGGCGGGUUUGCACGCGGAGCUGCUGGCUAUGAUCAUGCGGCUUGCGAAGUACGGGCUUAUUCACGGUGAUUUCAAUGAGUUCAACAUCCUCAUCAAGGAGGAGACGGCUACGGAAGCUGAGACAAAUCCGUCCGCCACUCGCCAGGCGGACGCUGUUGCUACCGAUCCAUCCGGCGAACCGUCCGCCAAUGCGGAUGCACCCUCAACAACCGACGCCCCCCACUCGCAAAUCAACCUCGUGCCCAUCCUCAUAGACUUUCCCCAGAUGGUCAGCAUAGACCAUCCCAACGCCGCCUACUACUUCGACCGCGACGUAGCGUGCGUAAAGCGCUUUUUCGAGCGGCGCUUCCACUUCACCAGCGAUGAACCGGGCCCCUUCUUCUCUGACGCCAUUAAAGACGUUGGCAAAGACGGUGCCCGCAGACUGGAUGUCGAAGUCGAGGCUAGUGGCUUUAGCCGAAAGAUGGCGAAGGAGCUUGAGAGCUACAUGAAAGAAGUCGGCGUUGAUGGGGACGGUGCGGCAGCUGAUGGAGAGGGCAGUGACGAGGAAGCGGAGGAGGUCUCGCAGGACGCGACCAACGACAGCAGCGAUCGCGUCGAAGGCGAUGCACGAGAGGAUGCGCACAUCGAUGCUCAAAGGUCACCCUUGGCUGCGGAUGAUGACCUCGUUGGCGGCAUGCAGGUCCUUGACAUUCAGGAUGAUGCGGCCGAAGAGCACGAGCCAGCGCCGAUACCCCUUGCGCCUGCCAAAGCGGCACAGUCCAAGCAGCGAGCCGCAAAGAAGGCGGCUGGUUGGGCCAUCUGA